AUGACAUCAGUUGCAGAGCUCAUCGAACAACUCAAAGAAGGGAAAAUCACCAAAGAGGAAAUGAUAGAAAAGGUUUCUUUACCAUUUUUUACUCAAUCUUCACUAACAGAAAAGACAUUAACCUGUAAUAAUUAUCCAGGUGUCGAUACAGUUCCAGAUGAUACCCACAUAUCCCAAGAGAAUAGCCCCGACCAUGAAACUGAGUUCGAACAAAAUUAUCUAAUAGAAGAUGAAGACUAUUAUCCUCGCCUCCCUCCUUCUAUGACUCCUAAAGACUAUUCAGAUUCUUUAUCAUCCAAUUUCUUGCAUCGUCAAAUCCAAUGAGACCUCAGACGCUCAGUUGAGCAAGAAAGACUCAAAGCUCAACAGCAGCAAAUAAUUAAAAAAAACUGUACAUUCCAGCCUACAACAAACAUAAUUUCUCAUGAAAUCAUUGAAAGCCCUUUUGAAAGGCUUUCAAGAAUCAAAGAAAAUUUUAGACUUCAGAAGCUAAGAGAAGAGCAAGAAAGAAUGAAAGAGGAAGAAGAAUUAAGAGGAUGCACAUUUAAGCCAGAAAUUAAUAGGACUGAAAUACAGCCAAGAUAUCUAGAUGCAAAUGAGCAAAGGAUGAGCCCGAGGCUGAAGCUUAUGCUUAAGGAUCAAUGCACUUUUGCACCGAAAGUAAAAGGUGUUGCGAAAGGCAUGAAGUCUGUUAAAGAGUAUGUAAAGCAGGAUCCUUUUGAAAGAUUGUCAAAACCCAAAGAGAUAGAAGAACCGAAAGAGCCUGAAGAGGAAAUUAAUUCUUCUUCUAAGCAAUCAAUUGUUUCUUCUACUGGAUAUCAAGAGUAUGGAGACUCUUUUUCGUCAAGACCUUUUUUUGAAAGGCAGGCUCUCUAUGAGUUGAUGAAAAUUGAAAAGAAAAAUUAUUAUGAAAACAUGCCAGCACCAGCUCCUAUGAUUUGUGAAAGAUCAAAGAAGCUGGUGAAGAAAGAAUUUUAUGAAAGAAAUAAUGAAAUGAUAGAGAAAAAGCUUAAAACAUUAAAAAAUACAGAAAAGCCUGAAGGCUGCACUUUUCAGCCAAAAAUCACAAAAAAGGCAAAGCUGAAGAAAAACAGAAGUUUUGCUGAAAUGUGCCAUGGAGACUCGAAGAAACGUGAAGAAAACAUAAACGCUAAAAAAGAAGAAAUCAACCAGAAUUUCAGAAAUUUUUUAGAUUCUGGUCUUUUCCAAAGCAAACGCUACACAAAUGUAACAUCAACGAUAAAAAUUUUAGAUGACCCAGAUUCAUACGUAGCUAGAAUGAAAGACCAGCAAAGAAUCAGCGAGCAAAGGGUCAAAUCAAUUAUAGAAGAACGCGAAAAGCAAGAACUCGCUGAAUGUACUCAUGCACCAAUAACAAUUGAUGCCCCAAGCUAUGUAAAACAAAUUGCUAGGAAUAUGGCGAUGCUCAAAGCAGAAAGAGCUGCGAAUCAAGAGCCUAAAAAACCUGAGUGGCGAUAG